GCAGACGUCGCAUUGUGGAAGGGAUAGGAAAGAAGGAGGGGAGGUUCUUUACUCCAAAGCAGCUCAGAGGAGGGGAGACAUUAGAAGUUGAGGAUUCGCAUUAGGCAUCGAGUUCGCAGAGUGCUAACGUAAGGCGUUAAUAGUGUUCUUAUCUCAGCUCUUAUCGGCGCCAAAGCGUCUUCUUUCAGUACCUACACCGAUUAAAUUAUAUGAAUCAUUCUUUUGAUAAUUUUUCUCAGCAUAAUCGAAAAAUACUGGGGGCGUCUACGUAUUCAAAUCAAGUCUAUACCAAAUGUAGUUCAAUUACAGGCGAAUGCUUUGAGAAAGGCUUCCAUACAUUGGACGAUUUCAAGCGUCUUCCAACGUAACCAUCAAAAAAUAGCAACGGCAAGAAAAUAUUUUAAGAGACUUCACUGAUAACAAUGGCCCAGACAGACCUUUGGGAAGUGGAAGGUGAAGUUGGAAUCACUGUAGAUGAAAGGCAGGAGAGAGGUGGUUGGAAAAACCGCUUGGAUUUUCUAUUUUCUUGUAUAUCGUUAUCAGUUGGUUUGGGCAAUGUCUGGAGGUUUCCUUACCUAUGUUAUAAAAAUGGAGGAGGUGCCUUUCUUGUUACCUACAGCAUUGCUAUGUUUCUUUGUGGUAUUCCUCUGUUUUUCCAAGAGGUGGCAAUUGGACAGUAUCUAGGACUUGGAGGAAGUACAUUUGUUGGACAACUUUGCCCAAUACUUCAAGGAGUUGGUUACGCUACAAUGACAAUGGUCUUCUUCUUGGACCUCUACUAUUGCAUUAUUAUAGCAUGGACACUUUUCUAUCUCAUUAAUAGUUUUACUUACUUCCCAGAACUUCCAUGGAGUAAAUGUGGAAAUCCUUGGAAUACUGAAUCUUGUUAUGAAAAACAAUGGAAUGUAAGCCAGGUAGUCAAUAUCACAAAUUUAACAAACACAUCACCAGUGGAAGAAUUUUGGGAAAGAAGGAUGCUUGGUAUGACAAGUGGGAUUUUGGAAAUUGGAGGAAUACGAUGGGAGCUACUUUUCUGCUUGAUUAUUGGAUGGGUAGUGGUUUACUUAGUUAUCUGCAAAGGAAUCCACCAAAGUGGAAAGGUCUUGUGGUUUACUGCUCUGUUUCCUUACGUGAUACUGAUCAUCCUUGCCUGUAAAGCUGUCACGUUACCAGGAGCUGGUACUGGACUCUUGUAUUAUGUAACUCCUCGCUGGUCAGAACUUCUUGGCUCUGGACCAUGGAUAGAUGGUGCCUCUCAGAUCUUCUUUGCCUAUAGCAUUGGGACUGGAGCUUUACCUGCACUUGGAUCCUAUAAUAAUUUUAAUUACAAUUGUUAUAGAGAUGCUAUAAUAACAUGUGUGGUGAAUACUCUUACAAGUAUCCUUGCAGGAUGUAUGACAUUUGCCAUUUUGGGCAACCUAGCCCAGGAACAAGAUGUAUCUAUUGAAUCAGUUGUCACUUCUGGUCCAGGCUUGGUAUUUCUCACAUAUCCUGAAGUAGUUCUUACACUACCUUGGGCGCCAAUUUGGGCUGGAAUAUUUUUCCUUAUGUUGAUUACACUAGGAAUCGACAGCGAGUUCUGUUUGGUGGAAUCGUUUGUUACUGGAAUGGUUGACAGUUGGCCAAAACAGCUGAGGCCCCGAAGGAGGAAAUUUACUUUCCUGGUAUGCCUAUCUCUAUGUAUUCUAGGAAUUCCAAUGGUCACCCAGGGCGGCAUUUUUAUUUUCCAACUGAUGGAUUAUUACUCAGCCUCUGGGAUGUGCCUUCUAUGGGUUUGUUUUUUCCAAACAGUUGCUAUUUCAUGGGUUUUUGGUGGUGAGAAAGUAAGUGACUGCAUUGAGAAAAUGACGGGAGUACGACCAAGUAAAUUUUGGUACUUCUGCUGGGUGUACCUAUCGCCUGCUGUAAUAUUGGGAAUAUUCAUAUUCUACAUUUUUGAGUAUGUUCCUGCAAAGUAUGGUAAUUACGAGUACCCAACUUGGGCAGAAGCUAUAGGAAUCAUGAUAAGUUUGUCAUCCAUGCUCUGGAUACCUGGAUAUGCCAUUUAUUACCUGCUUACUUCACCAGGAUCAUUCAUGGAGAAUUUAAAGGAAGGUUUUGUAUCAAAAGUCAACCUCACACCGCUCAAAAAGGUCACAGAACAAGCGGCUAAAAUCCCCAUGUCAGAGAGCCAUGCUGGACUUUUAACAAAAAGUAACUCUUUUAUGAAGUGAAGCUCUUAUGCAAUAAAGUACACGUGGCAGCAAGAAAAUGCCUAAUAAUUGAAGUGUGUUCUUUUUAUAAGUUAGAUUUCACAGUAUUAUGCAUGUAAUAGUGGUGAGGUGAUUUUAGCACUUUGGUUUAGCCAAAAUGACUUGAUCAUAAUUGGUGCUUAGUGGACACUGUUAACGGUCAUGACAGGUCACUUAAAAUCACUAUAUCAGUACUUCAAGAGGGAGGGAGGGGAAUUAUGGGGUGAUAUUCCAAUACAUUGUCAUACCUUUGAGUAAAUGAUGCAUCAGUGUGACAAUCUUCUAAAAUCAUAGUGAUCACCUUACUAAAACUACAAGCUGAUUGCUUUGGAUUUGUAAGAUCUGAUAUAAGUUAAAGCUUAUUGUAUAUUAUGUUUAUAUUAAAGUUGUUAUUUCUAUAGUAAUUUUCGAACAAUUUAUAGACUACAUAGGUACUUAUGUUAUCACUUUGUCUUUAGUUACUGUUAUGAUAAUUUAUAUUCCUAUUUGUAAUUCUUUUUAGUUUUAUCCUGUUAAAAUCAAAAUUUUUUUUAUACCUAAACUAUGUUGAAAAUUUAUAAUUAAUAUUAUUUAUGAGUAGUCGCAUGACUUAAUGUUAUUUAACUCACCAAACCUUUUAAUUUAUUAG